GGGAGAGGAUCAUAAAAAAAAGCCAGGAACGGCGACAGUGACAGCGCCUGCGGCUCCGGCGCCUGUGCGCGAUCCUCCCUCUCACUCACCGCCAACACUCGCACCGAUGCGCGCCCUCAGCCAUCUCCGGCAGACACCACCGCAUCACAGCACUGCGCCCGCGGUCUGAAAUUCACCCCCCCUUUUUUUUAUAUCGUUGUAGUUGUUGAGCAUCCGACAGACGAGCUGCCAUCGAGACGCAAACACUUUCAUUUCGAUCCUUCAUCUGAAUGACGGGCGGACGGUUCGACUUCGACGAUGGCGGCACUUUCUGCGGUGGAUGGGAGGACGGAAAAGCCCACGGACACGGCAUCUGCACCGGCCCCAAGGGCCAGGGCGAAUACUCCGGGUCCUGGUCCAACGGGUUUGAGGUAGUCGGGGUGUACACCUGGCCCAGUGGAAAUACAUACAAGGGCUACUGGGCGCAGGGGAAACGGCACGGGCUCGGCGUGGAGUCCAAGGGGAGGUGGCUGUACCGCGGGGAGUGGAGUCACGGAUUUAAGGGUCGGUACGGGGUACGCCAGAGUCUCAAUACACCUGCCAGGUAUGAAGGCACAUGGAGUAACGGACUGCAAGACGGAUAUGGGGUCGAGACGUACGGAGACGGGGGUACGUACCAGGGCCAGUGGAUGGGCGGCAUGCGACACGGCUAUGGCGUACGUCAGAGCGUGCCUUACGGCAUGGCCACUGUCAUCCGCUCCCCGCUGCGCACCUCACUGGCGUCCCUCCGCAGCGAGCAGAGCAACGGGUCCGUUCUUCACGACCACAUGUCCGACAGCCCUGCUGGCACCCGCGGCGGCUUCGUCCUCAACUUCCACAGCGACAGCGAAGUGGGCUCCGGCAAAAAAAAGGGCCUUUUCCGACGGGGUUCUCUUUUCGGGAGCCUCAAGCAGCUGAGGAAGUCAGACUCCCGUUCUUCCAUAUCCAGCAAGCGCAGCUCGGCACGAAGCGACGCCACCAUGAGCCGCAUCAGCUCCAGCGACGCAAACUCCACCAUUAGUUUCGGCGAUGGAGAAGUGGCUGACGAGUACAUGCCGGCUGAGGACAACGUCGAUGCCACCACCACCGAGUCGUACAUGGGCGAGUGGAAGAAUGACAAGCGGAAUGGGUUCGGUGUCAGCGAGCGCUCCAAUGGGAUGAAAUACGAAGGCGAAUGGAUAAACAACAAGCGCCACGGCUAUGGGUGCACGAUAUUCCCCGAUGGGUCGAAAGAAGAGGGAAAGUACAAAAAUAACGUUUUGGUGCGCGGCAUCAAGAAGCAGCUUAUUCCUCUCAAGAACACCAAGACGAAGCAAAAAGUGGACCGUGCCGUUGAAGGAGCCAUAAGAGCGUCUGCCAUCGCCCGAACAAAAGUAGAAAUUGCCACCUCAAGAACCGCACACGCCAGAGCCAAAGCAGAGGCAGCUGACCAGGCGGCCCUGUCUGCCAGCCAGGACUCUGAUAUCGCCAGAGCAGUGGCCAGAGAUCUGUCCCCCAGCUUCUAUCAACCAGGUCCUGACUAUAUCAAGCAAAGGUUUUCCAGUGAACCCAUCGAGAUUAAAGAAGUACCAGAAGAAAAGAAAGAGAAAUCGCCUUCAGGAAGUCCGCACUUUUAUCGCAAAGGCACGACCCCAACCCAGUCCCCUUCCCAAAGUCCCGGGCCCACACCGCCUCCCUCCCCCCCUCUCAGCAAGAAAAAGCCCUUCUUUAACAGAAGUGCCCCAAAAGCCAUCAAAGAGAACAAGCCCCCUGCUGCCGAGAGCCUGGCAGCGGGUGUCACCAAGGUUACUUCCAGGAUAUCAGACAAACAGGAAGUAAAACAGGAGGUAGUACCCGUAGCCAAACCCUCCAAGCCGCCGGCGCCGGUCGCCAAUGCCUCCAGCCCUGGGAACGGUGAGCUGCACUCCCAGUAUCACGGAUACUAUGUGAAGGCGGAGGUGAUGAUGCCACCUGAUGAUCCGGAGAUCGAAGAACUCCAUGCAGCGUCAACUGCUCAUAGCAGGAUGCCCCCCCCGCCUGCAAAGCAGUACCGCGCACCGACCCCCAAACCAGUAAUGGCCAAAGAGAGCAAACCCGAACCCAAACUGAAGAAACAGGAAUCAUUGAAGCCAAAGAGCCUAGCAGAAACUAAGAAAGCCAGCAUGGAAAUUACUUCUGACAUUGUUGAGGAGGAGUCAGGUCCCAACUCAAUAUUGGUCAUACUAGUGAUGCUGAUAAAUAUUGGACUGGCAAUUAUUUUUGUCCAUUUCCUCACUUGACGGCACAUUAAACUCAGUCUGUCCAAACUUCAAACAGGAGGCAGUUCUGAAUGAAUGACAAUACUCAGCAGCUGAUAAUGCGCCAUGCAUCCAGGAAGAAGAAUCAAGUUCCUAAUUGAAAGGCUGGGUGGGCCGAAGAGGCGGCCUUUACCAUUUGGCUGAACCUAAAUGUUCUUAAAAAUACUACCUGGUAUUUUUAUAUACUAUACAAACAAACAGUGUUAAUAUCAGUCAUUUGAGAUGGAUUUUCUAGAUUGAUGAUUACUUGAUCUGAUCAGAAAGCUGAACUGAAAAAAUAAAGCCUGUCCUAUCCACCUCCCAGAUGUGGAAAGAAUUUGUUUUUCUUAUUGCCAUCAUUUUUCACAUUCAGAGUGAUGUUGAAUUGUAUUGCCAGUUUGUUUUCAAGGUCAUCAACAACAUUUAUAGUCAGGUAAAUCUGAUACACUCCCUAUAAAGUAAAAUUGCAAACUCUGUUUUACUAUUAAGAUUAAUCUUAUAUUGUUUAUGUAUUAUUAUUUAUAUCUUGUCAUUUAUAGUAUAUAUAUAUAUUUUAAUACAUGCAAUUUCAGUCGAGUGGAUAAAGCAUUAUGUUGACUACUCACCUCGGGGCCAAAAAGUUCUUUCACGUAAAAUGGAAUAGUCUCGUGUAUUGUUUCUAAAAUAACAAGGACACAGUCUCAUCGGUUAUCUUAGCUGCAUCACCGCAGAAAAAUAUAAUGCAGUAAACAUAUUCCAACAGGUAGUACCUCCUUUGAUGAUGUAACAGAAUUUUAAAUCUUCACAGGGAAAAUCUGGCUCCAAGUGAUCCAACCACAUCUGAUCAUUGUAGUAAACAAUACCAUGAUAUCCAAUACGACUGAUCGUAAACACUGGAAAAUGUCAACAGGUCAUGUCCAAGUUUGGUUGUUUCAUUAAUAAGGUUACAUUAAAAAUUGAAAUGGUUGAGAUAUAGAAAAUCUUACUUGGGAUAAUUCUAUAAGUUACAGAGUACAAGGGCACUCCUAGUUUGCAGGGAAAACCUGUCAUUGACAGGUAAUACAACGGACCUGGUUCAAGAGAGAGUAUUAGCUGUUAAUAAUCAAAUCUGUUUGUUUUUAGGUUAUCAUGUAUCGCCUUUUGUUGGUUACUAAUAUAUAGGUUUCCAACAGUAAUUUUUGUAUGUAAGCUAUACUGUUAAACAAUUCAGUAAGAUAUAUUUAUGAAGUAAUAGUUUCAUUCCGAAAGGACAUGUUAAAUUCAUUAAAAGUGAUAAUAAAUAUAGUUAUAAUGUAACAAAUCUUUUGAUCUUUAUUUAUUCAAUAAAAAAUGCAUCAAGGUUUAGAAAUGAUAGGCAUCAAAUCAGCAUGAUAGACUGAUAGAUGAAGGAUCAGGUUACUGACCCCAGAAUUAUAUGGACAUGAAUUAACUGUGUGUAUAUGAAGUAUUUGAUAUUUCACUUACCAUCAAAGGUGUACCAAAUAUCAAUACUUUCUGAGGAGCACAUUAAUCGUCUCUCUGCAGUCACAGACGACAUACAAAAUAACGCAAUGAAACAAAGAAAAGCUGAAGGGCACAACAGCACCAUACCUGCUGUAAACGCUCUCUUUCUCUCAGAAGAGUUAGGCACAAAUUUCAAACAAAACACCAAAACUAACAAAAAAAUCUUUGUUUGUGAUAAAUGCCUGUUUGUGAAACGCUAUUGGUUUGAAACCUGCCACAUGUGUUUUUUAGUGGGAAGUGCCAGCGGUUAUGUGAAAUGGGAACUUUUAAAAAAAGGAAGUUGUCACGAGACAAAAUCACAAAACAAGCAAGAAUUUAAAAUUCACUGUAAAUGAUUUCAUCUACAGUUUCACACAUAUUUGAAACAUACUUAAUGACAUAACAUUUCUCCAAAUAUCUGACAAAUGCAAAUAAAUGACGAAAAUGACAUUUUUUCUAUUGUUGUUUUCAUGAGUAUGGUAUAUCACAUACCUCUCGUCUAAACAAGGUGCAGUGAUAUCAAAACAUUUUUUGAAACAUUUGCUUUUUCAAGGUAAUCAAAACUUCUGAUAUUCACCCUAGAAGGUAAAAGGUAGGUCAACUGAAUUAGGUAUUGAAGUAGGUAAAAAAAAAAAAAAAAAGUCUGUAUAGUGAAAAAGUGUUAUGACAUAUUAUUACUGUAAAUGUCUUACGUCUUAAUAUGAUUUUAUUUAUAAUAUAGUCAUUUAUAUUAUAAUUACCUUGGAUUGCUCAUCUCAAGGCCAUAAUAUUUUCUCAAAUAAAUUGGACUAAUGAAGUGUUUAUAAAAUAAGAAUGUGGUCUCAGUGAGACACAUUAAUACACAGCUGAACCACUAUGUUUCAUGUAUUAAAGUCUAAUAUCUCCUUUGAUGAUGUUGCAUAUUUUCAAAUCUUCACAAAGACCAUCCUGCUGCAUGUGAUUCAACCACAGCACGAAAUCCCAUGUGAUUGUGAACACUGAAUGAAUAAAAAAGGCACGUAAA